AUGGGGUCCUCUGUUGGUUGCACUACAAAUAUCAGCAUGAACAGUGUCUCUGACUGGGUUCCAGCCCGCAGAGGACAGCGGUUUCCACAGAGACGAACCAGAACAGUUUAUGCUCCACGUACAGAAAGAAUGCUUCCGGAUCAAGACUGGACCAGCGUGUAUCCAACUGCGGCAUCUUUCAAGCCUUCAGCUGUGCCCCUUCCUGUGCGGAUGGGCAAUCCCCUGAGAAGGGGGGCACCCCCAGACAAGUAUGGCAAUCUGGAGCUUAUGAAGGUUCCUAACUUCCUGCACCUAACCCCCCUGGCUAUUAAGAAGCACUGUGCUGUUCUGAAAGGUAAGUGCUCUGCUUUCUGUUCUGCAACUGAGUGGCCAGCUGCACUCUCCGACGAUGACCAGUGCAAGCAGCAUUUCCCAAUAGAGCUAAAGUCUAUGGAUUAUGUGUUCGCUGGGCCGUCAAUCCGCAACCCAGAAGCCAGGGUAGUGACCUUGCAGAUAAAGCUCUCUAAUUUGAAUCUUGAUCAACACGCCAGGAAAAAGCUGAUUAAACUUGCAGGGUCUCGGUACAAUGCAGAAAGGGAUACUUUGACAAUCCAGACAGACAGGUGUCCUUUAAGGAUGCAGAACGAGGAUUAUGCCAUGUACUUGUUGACAGUACUCUACCAUGAGUCCUGCAAAACGGAAGCGUGGGAGAGUGAGAGGGAUGAGGGAGAGAUGGAUGAGUACAUCUGGGAGGGCAGCAUGUCUGAAAAGAACGCCCUACAGACUCUUUCCAAGUCUUGUGGCACCUCCAGUGAGGAAAUACUCCAAUCUCCCAGUGUUCAGGAAUACCGCAGCGCCAUGCUGAACCUGCGUAAUGAAGGCGAGACAGAGGACAAUAUCGGCACCUACAAGGAAAGUGUGAAGAAAAUGCUGAACAUUGCUUAGGCUUCCCCCUGGAUCUCCAGACUUUGCCACCGCUACAUUUCCCAAAAAUCUACCUUCCUGUCAUUUUUUUUUUUUUUUUGGGAUACACUCCACACUAAAUGGUUUUUUUUUUGGUGUGGAUGCUAGUGGGUUUAAUCACAUGUUGGUUUCUUGGGACUGUGGUGCCAAGAUUUCUCAUUCAGCAUUCUCGCAUCUGUACAUUGAAAUUCUUCUUCUGUGUUACUCUUCUGAUAGAGGGAAAUUUUGCCAUGGUGGGAGGUGCGAAACGCCAUUAACUGCAGGGAAAUAUUGCCAUGUUGGAAAGGGCAGUGACACCGUGCACCGCAUUGAAACCGAGAAGAGCGGAGAUGCCAACCACAAAGGGGGAAGAGACAUCUACUGCUAGGAAAUCUCACUAUGGUGGCAAAGAGUCACCAACCACUGGAAGAUAAUUUCUCAGUUGUGGGAGGGGUGGAGACAUCAAAUAUAUUAGGUAAAUGUCACUAUUGUGGUAGGAGCAGGCACACGGACUUCUUCUGCACGGGCAUCUCAUCUUUGAAACCCCGCCAGCUGUAAAAACCCAAUGUAAUGCAAAUAAAAUGUUGGUUGCCCCCUUUUAGCUCUUCUCAUCUAUGAACAGUGGAGUGAAAAUAAACCUCACCUUUUCUUAAUA